GGACUGCAGACGUGCGAAGGCCAGCUUGCAAACAUGUGGCAGCUUAGAUUGCUCGGAAAAUUAAUUUUAGUCCUGCUAGGAGCUUCAACAUGGGCACAUACAUUAUCCAUCCCUGAGGAGAACAGCAUUCAGCCCACACACAGUUCUUCUGGCCCAUGUCAUGCUGUGGAACCAACAGAGAUUGUGUGUAGGGGUAUGCAAUCCCUUGAAGAGGUGUCCAGCAACAUUCCAGAAGAAAUGAGGGCACAAGUAACAAAACUCACUUUGGAGAAUGCUGUUCAGGGAGUCUGGACAAGGGAUGACCUAGUAAAGCUGCCAUCACUGCACACUGUUGUAUUCAACCACAGCUAUUUUUCUGAGUGGGAACUUCCCACACGGCCAGAUGCUCCUUCCCUCUCACGGUUGAUACUGGAGGACUGCUGGAAUAACAAUACUCUCAAGACCUCCAAGAUGAGGUCCACACUCUCCCUUACAACUGAGACAUUAGCAGGUCUGGGAGGGUUAGAAGAGUUUCACAUCAUAGACUGCUAUGUUCUCGACUUAAACCUCAGUACCAUUGAGACUGUAAAACCUCUCCAACUUCUCAAUAUAGUUGGUGGAGGCCUCAACUGCACGAAGGAUAAGCUAUGGAUGCUGGAUUGGAUGGAAGUAGGCCGAGCAAACAUCACAAAUACCACAAGGUGCUUCGUGGUGAGCUCAGGGGAGAUGACUCUCUUCUCCACACGCUAUAGUUUCAAUGACCACCAAUUCUUGCUCUGCAUGAAGUAUGUGAAGGAAACAGAGCGUGAUUGCCCAAGCCAGUGCCAGUGCAAUGUCCAAGGCUUCAAGGAGAGUCAGUACCCAAUAAUACACUUGCUUUGUGAGAGGGUUGGCCUCACCCAACUGCCUGAGGUCAUCCCAAGAUGUACAACACGCAUGCAGUUUGGAUGGAAUAAUAUCACUGACAUAAAUACGCUCUUCACUAAUGAGAACUAUCGGAGGAUGGAUUCCAUUCUCUUGAACAACAAUCAGAUUUCUUACAUCAAUGGAGAUCUCUUCUAUAACUAUAUCAAGGGGCGACCACUUGAUGUUUACAUCAAUCUUGCAAACAAUAAGUUGACAACGUUGCCAAUCAAGGAAAUUAACAGGAUUUAUGAGGAGGCACGCCAAACAUCACAGCUCUUCUACCCAACAUUCAACCUGGCAGAUAAUCCCUGGAACUGUGACAAUUGCUCCUUCUUGCCAGAAUUCCAGAAACUGGUGUAUUACCAGAGCACAAUGAUUCCUGAUUAUCAUGAUAUCCGCUGCCCAAGUGACAGUGAACACCAUCCCAAAAAGCGUCUGAUCUUGAUUGAUGUCAAGUCACAGUGCUCUUCUGGUCCUCCCCUGCUGAGUUCCCUUGACAUCCUCAAUAUCACCUUGGCUCUUUUGCUGCUGCUUCUCAUUAUCAACUUCCUCCACAAUUUCUACCAGUACAGACGCCAUGGGAAGCUGCCUUGGAUCAUCAUUCGGAUGCCCUGCUGCUGAGGGAAGUCAACUUCUAGGCCUGUGGCAUACAACUUGGCUUGUAGGAAGAUAUAAGGGUUGUUAAAGCUUUUUGGUAUUCCUUCUGUUUUAUUUUUUUCUACUUUUGUGUUCUUUGGUAUAUAAUUAAGCCAGCACUAGAAGGCUACAUUGGUUGUGUUGCAGCAGGUCUCCAAGCCUGAGUUGCAACAAGAAGACUGAUAAGGGCAGCUUGAAUCUUGUCCUUUAAGGUAUUCUAUUGUGUUCAUACUAUAGCAGAAUGAGUGCAUGUGCCUCAUUGCUGUAAUUGCAGUUUUGAGAAAGGAGUGGAAUUUGAGUUCAUGAAAUGUACCUGAGAUGAAGAGUUUAAUGCUAAUAUAGUAUAUUCAUAUUACUGUUUUUCUUUAAAAAUGUAUUUGAAAACAAAUAAGAAAGUAGCAGUAAGUGUGGCAACAUUGAGGGGUUUUGUUUUAGAUGCUUAUUCUAUGGUAUUUUUCAUGACUACAAUAUGUCAGCUGACAGUUGAUUUGUUGUAUGAUUGAAUUUUUUAGCUCAGUUUUAAAUAUUUGUUCUUAUAUAAUGGAGCUUUUGUUUAAGUUUACAAUUUGAGAAUUCCCAAUUUGACACUUGCCAAUAGAGAGGCUGUUACUGCAUUGUGAUCAUGUAAUCAUCUCGGGCAGUUAUUAUUACAAUAAAAAUGAAAUAUGGGAAUGCAGGGAUCCACAGUAGUAACUGUGAUAAAUAGCCAAUAGUGAAUUUUAAAGAGAGUUAGUUGUUUCUGCAGUGUCAUGGGAAAGGUGAGACAUUAUGAAAGUAUGCAAAAUUCACAAUGUUUGCUUUAAAAUAGUAUGCAAAAUUCAAAAUAUUUAGUUGAAAAGUGGUUUUAGUGUAGUCUUGCUUCUGCUGUCAAUUGAUCUUGAACUCAUCCUGUGACAUGUAUAUAGAGAUGAGAGCAACUAUGUGUAAUUUUUAUAUCAAAAUCUUAUGAAAAGUAUUUUUGUAAUAAUGGGCAGAUGCACAAACUUUCACACAUGGAAGUGUAUAUCUACAGACAAACAUACAAGCACACACAAGCAUGUAAACAAAGGUGGACAUUACUUACUUACUUUUUUUUUUUUUUUUUUUUAUACUGAAAAUGGUUCCAGCAUUAUUUUUUAGACCAGGACUGUUUGAAGUAUCAUAGGUAGUUUUGUAGCAAACUUUUUAUUUAUUUAUUUUGUGCGUGCGUGCGUGCGUGCAUGCAAGUGAAAAAUUUGAAUUAUUAAUUCCCCCAUAAGACAUAAUGUUGGUAAAACAUUUGAGAAACAAGUGUUAAAGAAUGCAUUGCUGUAGAAUAAGUCAGGAAAGAAAAAUACAAAAAUACAGACAAAGAUUAUUUUUCUUGUAUCCAAAUAUUUGAGAACAAAUAAAAAGGUGUCAUGCAUAUUAAUUUUAGUAGGCUAUCACUAAUGAAAGCCAUGAAUUUAUGUCUUAUGCACUACAUUUUUUGGUAAAUUGUGGAACUAGAAACCAACUUUGUUAUUAUACCUGUCAGAGUGUUUAUGCUUCUUUGGAGCUGCUGCACUAGUCAAAGAUGUUUUUAGAUAAAGGGCAUUUGUGUUUCGAGAUCCUCUCUACAGGGGCAUAUUGCUUUUAAAUAAAGAAAUAGAUAAAUAAAUAAAUAAAUAAGUACAUUAUGUAUAUAUAAUUUUUUAUGUGAAAUCCAGUGACAUGCAUUGGUAUCUUUAUUUAGUAAGAGAGAAAGGCAAGGCAUGGUUAGCAAUUGUGGGAUUUAGUUUCCUGAUCCCCAACAUGAUUGUAGUGCUUCUCUACAUUUCAUAUAUUUAAUGCAUGGUAAGACUUCUUCAGGUACUAACUGUAAUAAAGCAAAUAAUUCAUGCAAAGAAAAACUAAAAUAGAAUUGGUGAAUAAGAAUUUGAUAACAAAAGAGCUUUAAGGGAUAUGGUCCAUUUAACAGUACAAUGUAAAAAUAGUUUGAUUAACAGAAACUUGCAGGCGAUUUAAGAAUACAAAAGUAAAGUAGAUGGCUCUUUAGAAGUUCAUUACAUAUAUCAUAUGCAGUCCUGCUAGUGUGAAUAGUUCCGUGGUGGUGAGUUGUGGCUAAUAGAGGGUGUACUUUAUUUGUGAUUGGCCAUUUUCAUGGGUUACCUAGUUUCCCCACUUUUAAUAUAUCCAUGGGUGCCUGGCCACCUUCCAACUCUUUAAAUUGGACCAUCAAUUGGUAAUAAUGCACAGGUACUGCCCCUCAUGUGGAUGCAGCUUUAACCUCAACAGAUGAUUAUUUGCGAGUGUACAGUAUAUUUAAUCCUUUGUCAUGUGCAGAUGCAUAGUUUCGUAUGGAGGUUGCUAUUGAGUGAGUAAGUAUUCAAGUUUUACACAUAGUCAGUCUGUCGCCAUUUGAUUUAAAUCAAGGCAUGUCUUUCAGAGUGUACACUAGGGUAUUUUUUAGUGCUUCAUCAUGCAUCUCAUAUAUUUUUUAAUUUUAUGUUUUGCUCACCAUGUAGUGUUCUCAUAAUGUUUCUCUCAACUAUAGAAGAAAUUGUUGAUAACAUUAUGUUAGUAAAAGAGAAGGGUAUUACAAGAAUGUCUGGUUAAGUUGGUCUUUGCCCAGUUUUAGGCAGAUGAUGUGAAUUGCAGUAGGUUUCUGCUGCUUGGUAUCUGGAUAAAAUGGAUUAUUAGCACAUCAGAAAUUUUAUUUGGGUACAAUAGGUGAACUGCACCCUUCACAGACACACUGAUAUUUCUUUCUUUUUUUAAUGUAAUAAUUAAGUUCACUGGAAAUCAUUGUGCUGCUACUAGCCUAGAGCUCAUUUUACUGUGUAAGCUUUAUUUAUAGUAUGUCAGCUUGAUAUAAUGUGGUCAUAUUGAGUUCAGUGGAAAACAGAGAUGUGCUAACAACAAAAUAUUUAGUGAAUUGAUUGAUGAGAUUGCAUAUUGUAUGAUUUUUGAAAGUACAUUUGCAAAUAUGACUGGACCACAAAUUUAUAUUUUUUUAAAACUCAGUUGUUGCCUGCAUUACCCCCUAAAGGUUGAUACGUAAUAAUUAUCACUAUUAGGUGUAACUGCUUGCCAAUGCAAUAGAGGCAUAAAUUGUUUAACUGCUAUUUUUCUGGAUUUUUUUUAUGCACUCUUUAAGCCUUCCCAUUUUUCCCAUCUUGUGGAAAGACAGCAAAGUUGUUUUUCUGCUAAGCUUUCCAUUUCCUUAUUGCAGAAUUUUGAGGCUUGGUCUUUUUCUUGCCUUAUCUUCAACUACACAUGGAUCUGGACUUGCCCAUCCACUUGGGAUGAAGUGCACAAAGUUUCAAAGACUGAAUAAUUGGUGCUAAAGUAUCUGCUGGAAAAAAAUCUUUAUAAUACUUAUUCACAAAUUUUGUAAAAUUUUGCUUUUGUUUUUCAAGUAGAAAAAAAAAAUGUACAGUUUAUGCAUCAUAAAAUAAAGAGAGUUUGCU